AUGGAUGAUGGAUUAUUAAUUGAGCAAGUUGCAGGGUUUCCUGCUCUAUUCAAUAAAAACGAUUGCCGCUUUAAAAAUAAAACGGCCAGAGAGCAGGCAUGGCAAACCAUUGCCGAAAUUAUGGGUUGUUCUGUUGAAGACUGCAGCAAUAGGUGGGUUGUUUUAAGGGCGAAAUAUACCACUCUCAAAAAACAAAUCAGAGAAACCCCGUCUGGAUCCGCGGGGUUCUCAAUUUCCUGGCCACAUUAUGAGGCAAUGGGGUUCUUGGACCCAUUUUUGGUGACGAGAAGGACUAUAUCAAACAUUAAAUUGAAAUACCAGAACAUCUCUAAUCUAGAGUCUUCGGAGCAAGGGCAAGGACCAUCUUCAAUUUGGGACACAAUGUCCCAACUUGAAUUUUCAGAUGUUUCUGUGGGUGCUCCGGAGACUGAAGAUUCUGUGACUGAAGUCACUGAUGAGACAGACUUCUCACCCCCGCCAACUCCAGAUCCUAUUUCAAAGAGUGGAACUCCUACCACAUCACAUUCUCAACUAUCGACUACUUCGACUUCAUUCAGCUCAUUCAAUCAAAAAAUGGCAGCACUUAGGAGGCAGAAUACAAAAGGCAGGGGUGGUGCAAUGGGUGGUACCAAGCGGAAUGCGCAAGAAGCGAUGUGCCACAGCAUCACUUCAGCCAUAGGUGACUUCCAGAAGAGACAUCAGGCUUAUAGUGAAGGAAUCGAGAAUAUGGCCCCUUCAAGCUGGGCCAAAAGUCUUGCAGAAGACAUGCUGGUUUUGUCGCCAAGCCAAAGGAUCAUUUUCAAAAAAAAAUGUUACGACAUUUUGGCAGAAAUGGUACAAAACACACAGGAAUGA